AGCGGCGCCCCGGGUGGGGGGAGGCGGGCGGGCAGCUAGAGAUCACCUCAGCAGCCCCCACCACGGCCGGACCGAAGGUGCGGCGGCGGAGGGGAGCCAGGGCGCCCCAGCAGGUUUCCAGUAAUUAUCUGCAGGAAUCGCCAUGACCCCAGCUCUGAGGGAGGCAACAGCAAAAGGUAUCUGCUUUUCAUCUUUGCCCAGUACCAUGGAGUCUGACAAGAUGCUGUGUAUGGAAAGUCCAAGAACUGUAGAUGAAAAGCUGAAGGGAGACACUUUCUCUCAGAUGCUGGGAUUUCCGACUCCUGAGCCUACUCUUAAUGCAAACUUCGUGAACUUAAAACAUUUUGGCUCCCCCCAGGCUUCAAAACAUUACCAGACAGUUCUUUUAAUGAGCUCUAAUACUUCAUUAAAUAAAUACAAUGAGAAUUGUAAACAAAAGAAAUCAGGGGAGUCCAACUGCAAUAAACUGAAAAACAUACUGUGUAAUGGCAGCAACAUUCAGCUCAGCAAAAUCUGUCAUUCUCAUUCUGAAGAGUUCGUAAAAAAGGAACCUCUAUCAGAUACUUCAAGCCAAUGCACAAAAGAUGUACAAAUUGUUUUGGAUUCAAAUCUAACCAAAGACACUAAUGUAGAUAAAAUACAACUCCAAAACUGUAAAUGGUACCCAAAGAAUGCACUUUUGGAUAAAGUUGCUGAUACUGAGAUUAAAAAAGGUUUAUUGCACUGUACUCAAAAGAAAAUGGGACCUGGCCACUUAAAUGUGCCUAUUAGUUCUUCAGCUGCUGAAAAAGAGGAGGAAGUGAAUGCUCGUUUACUUCAUUGUGUAAGCAAACAGAAAAUUUUACUUAGCCAGGCUAGAAGAACUCAGAAACAUUUGCAAAUGCUCCUGGCAAAGCAUGUUGUUAAACACUAUGGUCAGCAAAUGAAAUUUUCUAUGAAACAUAAGCUACCCCAGAUGAAGAUCUUUCAUGAACCUACCACACUUUUGGAUAAAUGUUUACCUGAACACACUGAAAUUAAGCCAGAAGUCAACGUAUUGAGUACAGAGAAUAAGUUGUGGGAUGAUACAAAAAAUGGCCUUGCUCGGUGUACAGCUGCAGAAAUCCAAAGAUUUGCACUAUCUGCUACAGGGCUAUUGUCUCAUGUUGAAGAGGGUCUGGAUUCUGAUGCCACUGAUAGCAGCUCUGAUGACGAUUUGGAUGAAUAUACCAUUAGAAAAAAUAUGGCAGUUAACUCUAGUACUGAAUGGAAGUGGCUCGUAGACAGAGCAAGAGUUGGCAGUCGAUGGACUUGGCUUCAAGCCCAGAUUUCAGAGCUAGAAUACAAAAUUCAACAACUAACAGACGUUCACAGGCAGAUUCGUGCUUCCAAGGGGAUAGUGAUCCUAGAAGAAUGUCAACUUCCAAAAGACAUUUUGAAAAAACAAAUACAAUUCACAGACCAAGCAGCUUUGUUACAUACUACAGGGAACUCCCAGGCCCACCAAGGGAGUCAAGAUCCUUUACCAGAACAAGAUUUUGAGAUGUCACCAAGCAGCCCUACACUACUUCUUCGAAACAUAGAGAAACAGAGUGCACAGUUGACCGAAAUCAUCAACAGUUUGAUUGCUCCACUCAACUUGUCUCCAACUUCAUCUCCCCUGUCCUCCAAAUCCUGUAGCCAUAAAUGUCUGGCUAAUGGAAUUUCCAGGAGUGCUUCAGAGAAUUUAGAUGAGCUCUCUUCCUCCCGUAACUGGUUACUUAAUCAGAAGCACAGUAAGAAAAGGAGAAAAGACAGGACAAGAUUGAAAUCUCCAUCCUUGACUGUCACGAGUACAGCAGCUCGAACAAGGCCACUUCAGAAUUUCCACAAACGGAAACUCUACAGAUUGAGCCCCCCUUUUUAUUGGACUCCUCAGACUUUACCUUCAAAAGAAACAUUUUUAAAUGCUGCACAAAUGCCUUGUCUUCAGUCAUCCUCAACUUGGAGUAACUGUGAACACAACUUAAAGUCUCAGACCCUCAGAGAACACGUCUCAGAGUUAGAUUCUUCUUUCCAUUCUGUUCUCUCACUGCCAUCAGAUAUGCCUCUUCAUUUUCAUUUUGAAACAUUUUUGAAGAAGAAUGAAAUCAAAGGAAAUCUUGCUGAAAAUAAGUUUGUAGGAGGAUGCAUCAUCUCACCAUCACCUGUACACAGUACUUUGAAUCAAUGGAGAAAUGGAUAUUCUCCUACUUGUAAGCCUCAACUGAUGACAGAAUCAUCUGCACAACUCUUACAGGGAAGAAAGAAAAGGCAUCUGAGUGAAACAGCAUUAGGAGAAAGGAGUACAUUUGAAGAAUUUCCCUUUCAACAUACAGAACCAGGAUCCCAUUGCAAUAUCACUGCUGUCUCUAAUGUCAAUGUUCUAUCAAGAAUCCAGAGUUCAUCAUCACAAACCACAGCACGACGGAGGUUAAGAAGUGAGAGUUCUUAUGACAUUGAUAAUAUUGUGAUUCCCAUGUCAUUAGUAGCCCCAGCUAAGUUAGAGAAACUCCAAUAUAAGGAAAUACUUACUCCAAGCUGGAGGAUGGUAAUUCUUCAGCCUCUGGAUAAAUGUAACUUAGGUGAAGAAGAGACAGAAGAUCUUUCUGAUGAAGUCUUCUCUCUAAGACACAAAAAAUAUGAAGAGAGAGAGCAAGCCAGGUGGUCACUGUGGGAACAAAGCAAGUGGCAUAGAAGAAAUAGCAGAGCAUUCAGUAAAAAUGUUGAAGGGCCAGACCUGCUUUUGAAAGAAUACCUUCAUGACCUCAGUAGUGGUCAGCAAUGUGCUGCUGAAAGCCCUCCACAACCUCUCUCAGAGAACCUCGAUCUGUGUGCACAAGACUCACCUUCUUUAAAGCAAAAUCAGGAAUUUAAGUCUCUGUGGUGGGAACGACGGGCUUUUCCACUGAAAGAUGAGGACACAGCAGCCUUGCUUUGCCAGGAUGAAAGCAAGGAUGAGACUCAGAGGGCCAGCACAGCUUUUCAUGGUGAAGUCUUCGGUACCACUGCACCAGAGAAUGGCCUCCAUACAAAAAAGCAGUUAGAUGGAAUAGAAGAGUAUAAAACUUACGGUCUGGGACUCACUAAUGUUAAAAAAAACAGGUGACAGGGAACACACUGGGAAAACUGUAGUUGAAUGGAAGCGAGGAGGAAAAAUAGCCCUGUUGUGGAUCUUCCACUCCCUCUGGUCACAGUUCCAGAUUACAAAUGUACUGCAUGUACUCUUCUUUCAUGCUGUUUAUAAGAGGCAAGAAAAGUGUUUUCUUCCUUCUUGAACCACAGAAGUAGCUAGCUUUUCAGCUCUAGACAAGUGCUAGCCAUUUGUAUUUCUUAUAUAAGGUGUCAAGUGCUGCAAUUUGGUGCCAAGUCACAUUAUUAAGUUUUAAGACGAUGCCUUCCCACCACCUGACA